CUAACAGUAAUUUGAAAAGAGUCUGUUGGUUAUCUCUCUCUGUAUGGGAUCCUGGGUGAAGUCACGAUGUUUUUGCAGGCUUUUACCAGCAACAAGCCUUCUAUGGCAAUACAGAGCUGAACCUUCCAGUGCGCCCUAAUGUUCUACCUGUACCAACAUUUUAUCCACCAGCACAGGUCAUGGUUACACCACCACCUUCAAACACAAGACCAUCAACAACUGUACCAAGGAAACUGGAAUUCUUGUCCCCCAGUACCGAAUUUGAAGAGAGACACUAUUUGGAGAAAGUUCCAAAUUCAAACGUACACGACAGGAAGGUAUAUAAGGAAGGAAGAAGUUUCCUAAAUGCUGUUAUAAGAGGAGGUGUUCAGAAAUAUGAUGUCAAAGGGAUGCGUGACCGACAAGUCAGAGACCUGAUGUUGUUUGUAAAGCAGAUGUGUCCCAACUUGAUUUUUGAACGUACCGGAACAGCAAAAUCAAUCAGAAAAAAGAUAUCAAGGCAUUUGAUGUUUCUGAAAACUUUACGUUCUGACAAGCUGUACAGCGAUCCACCUGUCCAGAGAGGGCGAGAGUUCCUAGCAACAGAACUGCUAGAGUUUGAACAAGUACCGGUGCCCAGAGAGGAGCUGCAGUACAAUACUGAAGUAUCUCUUUUCUGUGACGGUCAUGCUGUGGCAAUAGCAGCUGUUAUAAGCUACCCUGUUGUGAAAAAUGAUAUGGAAGAAGCAUUGAAAGACAAGUAUGUCCAUCUCAUUUUGAGAAAGACGAGGAGAGGAUCCAUAGUAGAUCCUUUACCAUACAAUAAAGAUAGGAGAACAUGGGCCCAGAUCAAGAAAGGAAAUACCAUCAUUUGGCCUGUGGAUGACAUUUGCAAAGUGGCUUUGUACCAAGAGAAUGUUCUAGCUGAAAAAACUAUCCGACUGCAGAUCCAAAGGGAAAUAAGACGCAAUUCAAAAGCCCAGGGAAGAGGCAACCAGGAAGCAAAUGAUGAAGCAAACCGCCAAGGUGUAAAUGAUGAUGACGAUGGAAUGGAUAUCGAAAACCAUCAGGAUGGAGGAGCAAAUCAGGAGGCUGAUAAUGGGGACAUGACCAACUACCCUGAUGAUCUGGUGCAUCUAGACGUGGCAAGGGGUUUUGGUUGGAUGGAUGAAGAAGAAAAUGAAGAUGAUGGUGAGGCAAGGGUUUUUGGCCGUGUGGAGGAGGAGGAAAAUGGAGAUGAUUGUGAGGCAAGGGAAGUUGGCCGUGUGGAGGAGGAGGAGGAAAAUGGAGAUGAUGGCGAGGCAAGGGAUUUUGGUCGUGUGGAGGAGGAAAAUGGAGAUGAUGGCGAAGCAAGGGAUUUUGGCCGUGUGGAGGAGGAAAAUGGAGAUGAUGGCGAGGCAAUGGAUUUUGGCCCUGUGGAGAAGGAGGAAAAUGGAGAUGAUGGCGAGGCAAUGGAUUUUCGCUGUGUGGAGGAGGAAAAUGGAGAUGAUGGCGAGGCAAUGGAUUUUGGCCCUGUGGAGAAGGAGGAAAAUGGAGAUGAUGGCGAGAUAAGGGAUUUUGGCUGUGUGGAGGAUGAGGAAGAAAAUGGAGAGGAUGGUGAGGCAAUGGAUUUUGGCUGUGUGGAGGAGGCGGAAAAUGAAGAGGAUGGUGAGGAGGAGGAUAGUGAUGAUGACAACCAAAAUAUUGUUGCGGCAGAAGACAAGGGAGACCAUUCUAGCAAACAAAGGCUGGAGAUUGGAAAAUUUGUGAAAGUGAAAUUUGAGGUGGCAAGAGGAAAGAGAAUAUCUAUUCAACACUUUUCCGGAAUGGUGAUGGAGAAAGACCCGGAAAUUCUGGUUAAAUUUUUAAAAGAUACAACCAAUUCUGCAAUCAAGGUUUGGCCACAUAUUGAGGACAUCUGCAUUGUCGAAAAAGAGGAUCUGAUUAUGCUAGAGUUCUAG